UUAUUGCUUUUUCCCCGGAUCUUACCAAAAAGUGUGGCUUCUUUAAACGAUGAUAUAAUGUGAAUGAUGCUAACUUUUCAAAUGCAGCUUAACACUUGGUUCAAUGCAUUUCCCAGCGUAACGUCAUUGGUCGGAACGGAGGAUAUGCAUGAGAAAAACUUCCCUUUUCCUUUUACAAUUAAAAAAAAAAGCGGCGAGCCUAAUUUAUUUCUAUCCUAUUGUUCUUUUUUUUCCCCCUCCAUAUUUUCUUUUUUUCUUAUUAUUACAUAAGGAUACAUCUAUAUACACUCUUCCUACCUCAUCAUGGCUUCUGUCACUGCAGUAAAAAAUCAAUACGUUGAAGAAAAUAGCAGUGAUGCAAUGCAGCAGCCCACAUUGGAUGACGUUAUGACAUAUCAAUGCAAUAUUUGUUUUGAUGUGGCAUCGAAUCCUGUGUUAACACUAUGCGGACAUCUCUACUGUUGGAGUUGUAUAGCAGUAUGGAUAAAAACGUUGAAAUUACAAGAUGUAAAGGCUACAUGCCCUGUCUGUAGAAAGGAAUGCGAUGAAAAUAGGAACAUUAUACCCAUUUACGGUAGAGGCGAUGAAGAUACAAGCAGUGAGCUGUUGAACGAAACAUCCAUACCCAGCAGGCCCAAAGCGCAACGACCGGAAGUAAAUACUUAUUCAAUGCAUGGAUAUAGCAGACAUAGCUAUCAUGGUUCAUCACGACAGUCAGGUAUAGGGUUUAGGAUUAGAAUGGAGGCGAGCGGAAACCGAGUCUUUCCUUCUUUCACACGAAUUGAUGACGAUUUAUCGACAGUACUAAUCGAUCCUGGGCAAUUAGGCUUCUUGUGCCGAUUGGGUUUGAUGAUAGCUUGCUUACGUGUGGUGAUUUCUUUACUCAGUUGAAACCAUUUCAG